AUGUGCGUCGAUUUUACUGACCUAAAUAAGGCCUGUCCUAAAGAUGCUUAUCCUUUGCCUUGCAUUGACACUUUAGUUGACAAUUCUUGCGGUUAUGGUUCAUUAAGCUUCAUGGACGCAUAUUCUGGCUAUAACCAGAUCCUCAUGCAUCCAUCUGACAAAGAAAAGACUGCCUUUAUAACUGAAUAUGGUAAUUAUUGCUAUAAUGUUAUGGCUUUUGGUUUAAAGAAUGCAGGUGCGACAUAUCAGCGACUCAUGAACAAGGUCUUCGAGAACCAAAUAGAUCGGAAUAUCGAAGUUUAUGUGGAUGACAUGGUCGCCAAAACCAUGGCAAGCAACUCUCAUAUUCAUGACCUAGCCGAGAUUUUUGCUCAGAUCCGACGAUACAAUAUGAGAUUAAAUCCCGAAAAGUGUGCGUUCGGUGUCCGCGGAGGAAAGUUCCUUGGAUUUAUCCUCACCAGCCGAGGAAUCGAAGCAAAUCCGGAAAAAUGUCAGGCGAUCCUCGAUAUGCAAAGUCCAAAAACAAUAAAGGACGUUCAACAGCUAACAGGACGACUCGCGGCCUUAUCCAUAUUUCUACCCUGUUUGGCAUCAAAGUCUCUUACCUUUUUCCGAUGCUUAAAAAAGAACACCAAACAUUUUGAAUGGACCGAGAACUGUGAAGCUGCAUUUCAAAACUUAAAACAAUUCCUUUCAAAACCACCCGUUUUACAAAAACCAAAGCAUAAUGAGCCAUUGUAUAUAUACUUGUCUAUUACUGAUAUGGCAAUAAGUUCUGUCCUUGUAACAGAAACGCAGGAAGGUCAACAGCCGAUCUAUUUUGUGAGUAAAUCACUGCAAGGCGCCGAGCUUCGCUACCCGCGGUUGGAAAAGCUCACGCUGGCCUUAGUCUUCUCUUCGAGACGGCUCCGACCAUAUUUCCAGGGGCAUACCAUCAUUGUCAAGACUGAACAACCUCUUCGGCAAGUCCUCUCGAAGCCAGAAUUAGCAGGCAGACUUAUCAAAUGGGCCAUUGAGCUCUCUGAAUUUGACAUCCAAUACCAACCGAGAGGGUCCAUUAAAUCCCAAUACUUAGCCGAUUUUAUGGUCGAACUUACCCAACCAUGUAUGGAUGAACAGAGCCCUGAUUGGAUCUUGUUCGUGGAUGGAGCUUCAAACCCACAAGGGUCAGGGGCAGGAAUACUAUUAGAAAGUCCAGAAGGCAUAAUCCUUGAGCAUUCUCUCCGGUUCUCCUUCAAAGCCAGCAAUAAUCAGGCCGAAUACGAAGCCCUCGUCGCAGGGCUCAGGUUAGCAAUUGAUUUGCACAUUGCCAGCUUAAAGGUUUAUUGUGAUUCAUUAUUAGUAGUCCAACAAGUAAAUCAGGUCUUUCAAACUAAAGAUCAACUUUUAUUGAGAUACUUAGAACUUGUUCAGCAGUUGGUAAAGGGUUUUCAAAAAAUAGAAAUUCGCCACGUUCCCAGAGACCAAAAUCAUAGGGCUGACAUUUUGUCAAAAUUAGCCACUACACAGUCACAAACAGCAACGUUAUUACAGUCAACUUUAGAUAAGCCGAGCAUACACAGCAUUAACACUUUAAACACUGUCAAUGAAACUAGUUGGCAACUGCCUUACAUUCAAUAUCUAAAAGAUGGCUCUCUUCCGAAAGAGAUCCCAGAUAAAAAAAGAUUUCGACGACAAGCUUCUUUUUUCACAUUAAUGGAUAACGUUUUAUAUAGGCGGGGGUACUCCCGACCACUUUUGAAAUGUUUGGACAGGGGUGAGGCUAAUCUUGUCUUAGCCGAGGCUCAUGAAGGAAUAUGUGGCAUACACUCGGGGGCAAGAAGCCUGGCACAGAAAAUACUUCGAGCAGGUUUUUACUGGCCGAGUCUGUGGGAGGAUAGCAGAAAAAAGGUUAGAACUUGUGACCAAUGUCAAAAGCACGCACCAAUCAUUAACAUCCCAGCCGAGCAUCUUCAUCAGUCUAUAGUAAGUUGGCCAUUUAACCAGUGGGGGAUUGACAUCCUCGGCCCGUUUCCCACUGCACCUGGACAGAUGAAGUAUCUAGUAGUUGUUAUCGAUUACUUCAGCAAAUGGAUCGAAGCACAGCCCCUGGCAAGAAUCACAUCCAAUCAGAUGAUAUCCUUUGUUUGGAAAUACAUCAUAUACCGAUUUGGAAUCCCACGACAUAUUGUCACAGACAAUGGUCGGCAGUUUACCGAUCAUAAUUUUAAAGAUUUUUUGCAGAAAUUGAAGAUAAAUCAUCAUUUCUCAUCCGUCGAACACCCACAAUCUAAUGGUUUAGCUGAAGCCGCCAAUAAGGUCGUCUUACACGCAUUAAGGAAAAAGCUCGACAACGCUAAGGGGCUCUGGGCCGAGCUAGUUCCAGAAAUCUUAUGGUCAUACAAUACUACAGUACAUACAUCAACAAAGGAAACCCCAUUCAGAUUGGUCUAUGGAUCUGAGGCUAUGAUUCCUCUGGAAGUUUCGCAACAAUCCUUACGAACGAUAUCAGAGAAUCACGAUCAAGCUCGCAGAGCAGAACUUGACUUAAUAGAAGAAAUCAGGAAUACAGCAGCCAUUCGCCACCAAGCUCUACAGCAACAACUGCGCCGAAGACAUGCAAAAUGA